ACCUCUGUGCUUUUAUCAGAGGAUACCGACUCUUCAGAGAGAUGCACCUACUGCUCCUGUCUUUAGAAGUCGACCAGAGAUCGAAGAUGGUUUUCUCCAUGGUGGUUUCUGGAAAUACAAUACUAAAACUUCCAAUAUACUUCCUUUUGCCCGUGAUUCUCUGGAAAAUGAUGAAAGUGAACGCACUAUUCAGGAUGAUGUUGUUAUUGCUGGCCAAGAUAUAGCUGCAGGACUGAUUAGGAUGGGGAUCCUUCAAAGGGUUCAAUAUCUCUUGGAGACUGAGCCUUCAGCAGCUUUGGAAGAAUGCCUAAUUUCCAUAUUAAUUGCGAUAGCUAGGCAUUCGCCAACAUGUGCAGAUGCAAUUAUGAAGUGUCAACGGCUGGUUCAAACGAUCAUCAACAGAUUCACUAGUAAAGAGCAAAUGGAGAUUAGUAUCUCAAAGAUCAAGUCAGUUGCACUCCUGAGAAUUUUGGCUCGUUCUGACAAAGAGAACUGCCUAGAUUUUGUCAAGACUGGAAUAUUUCAAAAGAUGAUAUGGCAAUUGUAUCGAUAUACCUCUUUUGACCAAUGGGUAAAGUCUGGAAAAGAGGCUUGUAAACUUUCAUCAGCUCUUCUGGUUGAACAGUUACGGUUGUGGAAGGUUUGUGUGCAACAUGGGUAUUGUGUAUCAUACUUUGCCGAUUUAUUUCCUGCCUUGUGCAUUUGGUUGAAUGUUCCUGCGUUUGGAAAGAUGAUUGAGAACAGUGUCCUCAGCGAAUAUGCUGCCAUUGCCAAGGAAGCAUACCUUGUCCUGGGUGCUUUAACUAGAAGACUGCCGAUUUUUUAUUCCCACAUGCAACAAUUGGACAGGGGUACUACAGAAGAAGCAGAAAACUGGUGUUGGGCCCAUGUUGGUCCUAUGAUUGAUUCUGCCCUAGAGUGGAUCAGGUUAAAGAAGAUACCUCUCCUAUCUCGUCUAAUUGAGUGGCAAAAUGAGGAGAAAUUGAAUGGCGAUAUACAGGAUUCAGCAGUUACUCCCUUGCUGUGGUUGAUAUCUUCAAUUAUGGACAUGCUUUCUGCAGUGCUUGAAGCUGUAAUCCCUGAAGAUAAUGCAGAGUUGCGCCAUGGGAGUCUUCCAUGGCUGCCAGAUUUUGUCCCUAAGAUUGGACUAGAAAUUUUAAAAAAUGGACUUAUGAGUUUUUCAGGCUUAGUUAGUGCAAGCCAUGAUAGUUCUGCUGGCAGCGGUUCAUUCCUUGAGUGUUUGUGUUAUUUGAGAAAAAUAAACGGACGAGAAACGUCAAUAGCGUCCAGUAGUUGCCUUCAGGGAUUGUUGCGAGUUGCUUGGUGUGUUGAUAAGCUGAUCUUACUAGCUAACAAUGAGCCUCGGGAUCUAUUCGCCAAAUAUCAGAGUUUCACAAGAGAGGAAAAAACUCUUGCUGAUGGGAUUCUCCACUCCUCUCUGCCUGAGUUAAGAACUUUGAUGACAAGUUUAGUGGAAUCAAAUGGUUCCAAAUGGCGUCAUAUGAAAUCAAUUGAGACAUUUGGUAGAGGUGGUCCGGCACCAGGAAUUGGUGUAGGCUGGGGUGCCCCUGGUGGGGGUUUUUGGUCCAAACACAUUUUAUCAGCUCAAGUAGAUGCACGAUUGUUCAUUUACUUGCUUGAUGUUUUCCCUAUCGUAUCUGUCAAAGAUCAGUUUACAACUGAAGGCAUGAACUCUAUAAUACAAAAAAUAAAUUCUGUCAUGGGAGCGUGUUUAUUGCUGGGGCCAAUGGAUAGUUCUGCAGUAGAUAAGCUGCUUGAUUUCUUAUUUCAAGUUCCCACUCUAAAGUACAUCGAUUUCAGUAUACGCCAAUUUCUUACUCUUAAGCAAGGUUAUCAGGCUCUCGAGAGGGUGUAUGAAGAAGAGGACUAUUUACUGUUGAGUGAUGUCUUAGCUUCUCACUUCAAGAAGAGAUGGUUGUCUGCAAAACAGAAGCGUAAAUCUGCUGCUGGAGAUGAGCACGUAUGCCGAAAGAAUCCAAAAAAAGGAAAUAUUUUAUUGGACACCAUUCCCGAGGAAAUUUCUACAUCAAACCUUGCCAGCCAAGAGCCUAAAUGUUUGGUGGCUGAGUGGGCUCACCAACGGUUGCAUCUUCCCUUGCAUUGGUUUCUCAGUCCACUCUCACUGCUUUGUUCUACCAGCCAUGAGACUCUCGAUUUUCUUAAAGUUGCAAAAGGUGGACUCUUCUUUCUCUUAGGGAUUGAACUAAUGUCCACCUCCCUUCCUGCUGAGUUGCGUACAUCAGUUCGAAAUGUGCCUAUUGUAUGGAAAUUGCAUGCGUUGUCUGCGACUUUACUUUCUGGAAUGGACAUUUUUGAGGAGGAAAAUAGCAGGGAUCUCUACAAAGCUCUGCAAGAUGUCUAUGGACAGCUCCUUGAUAGGGAAGAAAAAGUUGAUGCAAAGAAACUGAAAUUUAAGACGGACAUACAUGAGAACUACUCCACCUUCAUUGACAAUCUAGUGGAGCAGUUUGCUGCAGUUUCUUAUGGUGACAUGAUAUUUGGUCGGCAAGUUGGAGUGUAUCUGCAUCACUUUGUUGAAGAUCCUGUAAGGCUUGCUGCAUGGAAUGCACUGUCUAAUGCUUGUGCUCUCGAGCUUUUGCCUCCUUUGGAGAAGUGCAUUGCCGCAACUUGUGGAUAUCUUGAACCUGUCGAGGAUGACGAGAGGAUGUUGGAAGCUUACUGUAAAUCAUGGGUUUCGGGAGCUCUAGACAAAGCAGCAAGUCGAGGAUCUGCCUCGUUCACUUUGGCCUUGCACCAUCUGUCAUCAUUUAUUUUCCAGACUUGCUCUGGGAAUAUGCUUCCUUUGCGAAACAAGCUUGCCAAAUCUCUGCUACGAGACUACUCCCGUAAGAAGCAACAUGAGAGCCUUUUUGUUAACUUACUGGAGUACCAAAGGCCAGACACCAGAUCUGAGAUGCCCCAGCACAGUUGCAAUGUGGUAAAUAGAUUACAGAUUUUGAAAGAAGCUUGUGAAGGAAAUUCCUCAUUGUUGAGUGAGGUUGAGAAGCUCAGCUCUGUGAUUAUAAGGAAACAGCAUGUGGGAAGCUAAAAUUUUCUACAUCAUGGAAUCUUAUAACCAGUGAUGUAUAUAUGAAUUUAUCUUGAUAUAUAGGAGAUUAAUCUCUGUACAUCUUCCUUUAAUUUUAUUUUACCUUACAAAAGAAGGUUCUGUA